CACUUGUACGGUAUCAUGUCUGUCGUAGAUUGUAAUCCUUUAUCCCAAAGAAAUGCAAAAAUUUGUGCCCAUCUUUCUGUCUGUCUGUCUGUCUGAUUGGUUGUUUCCCACAUCUCAUCAUCGUUCGUCUUCGUCGCGUCUCAUGAUGAAAUCUCCAAACUCACGGCCUCGAGAUCAGUACUAGCAUGUGGCGAUGUCCGGACAUGUCUAGUACUGGGUAGGUAAGCAUGUGCGACCCACAUCCGCCAUCGCAGCGAGAAGGUUUCCGUACAACGAAUGACAUCCUAUCGAGAAUCCUACGCGAGGCUCAUCCGGUAUGCGACAUGUACCACUUUCUGUGAUAGGCAUCAGGUGUUACACACUGCGUGCGACGACAUGCUCUUUUCACUUAACACAGCUAUCGGGGCUGUGAAGUCCGUCUCUAUCGCUGUGUCUCCCGAUAUGACUUGUACAGUGGGUCAACGAAGGCAGGGAGAAACAAUGUCGCGACCCUCGAACAUCGAUCGUAUGAUUUGCACACUUGCAGCAUACCGAUGGGCUCCGGGGCUGAGAAAGAGGCACAGACUGAGCAAACCACGUGCAGGCCGAGAAGUCCUCAUCAGUCUUUUCCAAGGAGCGGUUUGUCUAUUUUAUUUUGUAUGGAUAUAUUCCUUCCUUAACGUAUUGAUGUUCCUUUGAUCCAUGGAUGGACGGAUCAACUUUUAGGGUAUUCGCUCUCCGUGUUCUUCCCAACGUUCCCAAGCCAUGGAACGUUAUUCACUUUUCCCUCUUGAUAUCCUGC